CCCACCCCUGCCCUGUGCCCCCACAACGGCCCGCCCCAGGCCUUUAAAACCUCCAUGCCUUCCUCUCCCGCUGGACGGAGGCUCCGAGUGAGCACCAUGCAGCUGAAUUUCAGCGGCCUGCAGGCCCUGGUGACAGGGGCAGGGAAAGUGAAAGGGGCUGCAGCCCCGGCCCUCAGCCUUGAGCUACAUGUACUGAGCCACCUGCUCACCCACUGCACCCCUGCAGGGAUCGGGAGGGACACUGUGAAGGCCCUGCAUGGCCUGGGAGCCAGAGUGAUAGCCGUGAGCCGCACCAACACUGACCUGGUCAGCCUCUCCAAGGAGUGCCCUGGGAUAGAGACCGUGUGUGUGGACCUGGGUGACUGGGAGGCCACGGAGCGGGCGCUGGGCAGCGUGGGCCCCGUGGACCUGCUGGUGAACAACGCUGCCGUGGCGCUGCUGCAGCCCUUCCUGGAGGUCACCAAGGAGGCCUUCGACAGGGCCUUCAACGUGAACUUGCGCUCGGUGGUCCAGGUAUCCCAGAUUGUGGCCCGGGGCAUGAUCCACCGUGGAGUGCCUGGGUCCAUCGUCAAUGUCUCCAGCAUGGUGGCCCAUGUCACCUUCCCCAACUUAUCAGUCUACAGCUCUACCAAGGGUGCAAUGACCAUGCUCACCAAAGCCAUGGCCUCAGAGCUGGGGCCAUACAAGAUUCGGGUAAACUCCGUGGACCCUACGGUGGUGCCGACGGCCAUGAGCCAGAAGAUCCUGACGGACCCCGAGCUAGUCCGGAAGCUGAAGGAGCGGCACCCGCUGCGGAAGUUCGCUGACAUGGAGGACGUGGUCAACAGCAUCCUCUUCCUGCUCAGCGACCGCAGCGCCUCCACCAGCGGCUCGGGCAUCCUCGUGGACGGCGGGUACCUGGCCUCCUAGGGCGCCGGCGCGGGCGAGCCAGCGGGGCUCCGCUCGGUCCACCGCGCCGCGGCCACGCCCCCACUGGCCACGCCCCCGCGAGGCCCCGCCCCGUCGCGGCCCCGCCCCUCCCUGGCCACGCCCCCACCGCGGCCGCGGCCCCGCCCCCGGCAGCCCGUCCCCGGUGCAGGCCCCGUGUGUGGCCGCGCUCCGCAUCCACAGCCGCGCCGCCGUGAAACUCGCCCCGUCGCCCCCGCCCACUGUGUCCUCCGUCGCUGGUGGGAUUUGCCUAAAUAAACGGAGGCCAUUGUCCUGGAUCCGGUGCUUGCCGGG